CGCGUGUGGGACAGUACGCGCAGUUCUGUCUGCGUUGGAAAAUUCACUGUUAAAUGUUGAUCUGUGGAUAUUUGGGGUGUUUAAUUUUUUUUCUUGGGACAACAGUAGACAUUAAUCGUUCUUGUAGCGCAUCUACUAAUUGCGUCCGACCUGCGCCUCCUAAUGACUCUUUCAAAUUGCAUUUCAUAGACUAGACAGGAGCGCUGCGCUGCGCUCCAGGCGCGUCCUCGUGUCCGUGUUUUUUGCUGCAGCUCGACAUGCUUUUCCCAGAUCGGAGCUGUGACGAUUGUUUUCAUUUUGGUGCACAUGAAAGCUGUUUUCCAUUCAGUCAUUAAGGCGCGCUGCUGUGGUCCGACGCGGACAUGAGGCAGGUUUCUCCGCGCGGAGCUGGAAACAAUGGAAGAUGCCUUAAGUGACAAGGAGCCCUCCAUGCCCGAGCCGGGAGCUGGUGCGCGGCGGAGCCCGCAGGGAGUUCCCUACUCCGAGCUGCCGCACAUCGUCAACGCCGACGGACUGCACCUGUUCUGCCGCUACUGGGAGCCCGCCGCUCCGCCCAGGGCUUUGGUGUUUGUUGUUCAUGGGGCUGGUGAGCACAGUGGGCCAUAUGACGAGAUUGCACAGAGACUGAAGGAACUGUCCCUGCUGGUAUUUGCGCAUGACCACGUUGGUCAUGGUCAGAGUGAAGGGGAAAGGAUGAACAUCAAAGAUUUUCAGAUUUACGUCAGAGACUCCUUGCAGCACAUCGACCUUAUGAAGUCCCGCCACCCUGACCUUCCCGUCUUUAUUGUUGGCCACUCCAUGGGUGGAGCUAUCUCAAUCCUGACAGCAUGUGAGAGACCGAGUGAAAUAAGUGGAGUGGUUCUGAUAGGUCCAAUGGUCCAGAUGAACCCAGAGUCGGCCACACCAUUCAAGGUUUUUGUGGCAAAGCUCCUGAACCACAUGAUGCCGAGCCUGACUCUGGGCUCCAUCGAGUCCAGAUGGGUCUCACGGGACAAAACACAGGUGGAGGCGUACGACAACGACGAGCUGAACUACCAUGGCAGACUGCGCGUGUCCUUUGGCAUACAGUUGAUGGGAGCCGCAGAGCGUAUCGAGAGGGAGAUCCCGUCCAUCAGCUGGCCUUUCCUGAUCCUCCACGGCGACGAUGACAAGCUCUGCGACAUCAGAGGCUCCAAAAUGAUGCACGAGAAAGCAGCAAGUUCAGACAAGAAAUUGAAGAUCUAUGAAGGAGCCUACCAUGCACUCCACCAUGACCUUCCAGAGGUGGCUGAGUCUGUGCUGAAAGACGUGACCAGCUGGAUCACAGAACGACUUCCCGACAAAACAGCAGCACAGCAGCGCAGCUCGUAGAUUUGUGACUUGCAUAAUUCAGUCGGCGCUCCAAGGAACCUACCAGCCGUGUCACAGCAGGCGGGCUCAUUUUCCUGUGGCCUAUUAGGCAUAACAAUCCUACUCCAUUCUCCUCUAUUGGAGGCAUGCUAUUUUAUAUAAAAGGACAUUUAUUCUGUGUGGCAGUAAGACUGUCAGGCAUCUAUUCCACCAGUUAACCUUCUUCCGUCUCUGUACACGUAUCGUCAGGUCAGGACUUAAAAUAACUGAGGGUGUCAGAUAUAGUUGUUUAAGAAACGCAGCCGUAACCAUCCAGCAAAAACUACGAUCAGGAUUGUGCCUCAGGUGUUCCACCCAGCAGGCUUAUGUUUGUGUUUAUCAUCUCCAUGGAAGAUGAAGUUCAGGUGAAGUUUUACAAAUCGCAUGCUAGGUUUCAAAGUGCAAUAAUUAAGUUUUCAUUCACUCUUUAAAAAAAAAAACAUAAAAAAACAGGAAAGCUUUCUAAAGUGCCAACACAAGGAAUUUCUCUGUUAUUGAUCUGUAAAUGAGUAAGUUGAUAACAGCAAACUCUUUUUGCUCAUCUUCCACUUACAUGCAGGUCAGAGGUCAGGGUCAGCUUGAGGACAGCACAUCAGAUCAGUGCAUGCCUGAAUGUCUGUCUGUUGUAUCUUUUUCCUACAGUGCUCACCUGAGAAUCCUAAAUUGCUCAAUUUGAAUGUCUUGUUUGUAUUUCUAUGUUUGAAGGGGAAAAAAAUCCUUCUUUAAGCACUCGGGUUAUUUAUAACAAAAACUCUUUAUAUACCCCCCCCCCCCCCUUGUGUUUCUUUUGUUUGGUUUGAGGACAGAUGGUUGACCUAAGAACAGAUGGUUGUCACAGAAAUGACUGAAAAUUACUGUCAGAGAUACAAUCUAAUAUAGUUUUUUUAAUUAUUUCUAUAUUAAUAAUCAAUUCUUUUUAAGGUUGUAUUUUAUAUGACGGGGAAGUGCACUCAUUUCAUAAAAAUAAAUCUUGAACAGUUGUUUUCCAAGAUGAGGAUGGAACAGGUGAAGCUGUUCUCAUUCUCUGCAGGUGGGAAUUGUUGUGAGAGGGCAAGGGUCAAAUGCUGUCUCAUUUCACUGACUUCUGACCUUCAGAAAGUGAUGCUUCAACACACUGAUGGGGGGGAAAAAUCCUAUUCAGGCAUCAUUAAGUCAGACAACAAACUAUAGGGUCCAGCUGGAAAAUGGGUCGGAAACUUCCCACUGUCUGCAUGAGGACAAAAGACUGCAUUGUCUGCAUCAAUGCCACGCGUCCCCAUUUAAAAGCAAGACUAUAUUUUAUCAAAAUACAAUGCUGCAGGUCAACAGUAGCUAAAAAAGCAGCAAAACUUCCCUUUUUAUGUUUGUUUGUUUGUUUCCAAAUCAGUGGUGAAGCCAACUGUAGCUUCAUGCAUGUUAGCAAUAAUAUCAUACUCGAUUUUAUUAUUAUUAUUAUUAUUUAUAGAUUAUUUAUGUCAAGCAAAGCAGAAGUGUAACUUAAAUUGCAAUUGACUGUGUUUAGCAGCUGCAGCAUGAUGGAGCCACAGAUUUAUGAAGCUUGUAAAGGUUUCAGAAGUUGUUAACCCGCGUGUCAAAUAGUCUCGGUAACCUGGAGCAUGAUAGAUUGGGGUCUCCAUGGUAACAUGUGUGACCAUGGUAGCAGUCCAGCUACAUGUGUUUUUACAUGUGUGAACCCCAUGGUGAUUCCAGCAGAGAAUGUUAAAGUGAGAUGAAGGCUUGCUACUUGCGGGUGUCCACCUUUCUGCCUCCAUACUUUGUGUUUUGUUUCGUCUCCACCAGUUAUUGACAGGUGGAUUUUUUUUGGCUCUAAUCUGUUAACAAUGCUUUUGUACUGUCAAUCACUAUACAGGGCACUGUUGUGCAGCAAAGUGAACCAGCUGGUCCUUUCUGUAAUUCAUACUGUUCAUCAUAGCAGUGUACAAUACAGUGUGUGGAUAGCAGUAGAUUUAUUUAAUACUUUAGGGCUGGCAAAUCUCUGUCAUUUGAGAAAAAAAUGCCUCUCCUGAUUCUUCUUAGCUUGUAAUGAAUUUUACAAUUUAUGAUAUUUCUGCUUGUGUAAUUUGUCAGUUGUUUUCAAAUAUGUAAUCACUGUAAAUAGAAAAAGUCAGUAGCAAUGAGCUCACCUUUCAGCAGUUUCAGAUUUGACAUUUUUGACGUAACCCGGAGCAGAACUGCAGGCGUUUUUCCACUAAACCCCUAAUUAGAGCUGCAGCACACACAGACCAAACAGCGCUAGUCCUAUUUAAACUCCUAAUGACACCCCUGCUGCACAACAUGAGCACAAUGGUUUCAGCUCAUACUGCAGUUUCAAAAAAUGCCCUACCUGUCAGUUUGUGCGUGCGUAUGUAACGGCGAUCACUCGCUUUGGGCGUGGAGAGAAGUUGGUAUUCAGUGAGAGGACCAGAGACGGUAUCUGACAGUAACCAUGGCAGCCGUCUCUUUCUUUCCUAUCCCAGCUCAAGAAAUGUAUUAAUUUCACAGGAAAUGUGUGUUUAUGCUUUCAGGCCUUGUUGUCCACUUACUGCUCUGAGGAUUCCCUUUUAUGUGAGCGUGCAGAUAUGAAAAAGAAUAACUGGCAGCGAAGGAUGGGAGCUGUGUGCAGUUAUUACAGCACCGCCUGCUCUGCUGAUAGUACAGAAAACACAAUUUUCAUCUAGAAUUAGAGGAGUGUUUUUUUAGAUAUCUUAGUUUAAAAGAGAAAAUGUAUUUCAAUUCCCUGAGACAGAAUAACUUGCAUCUUUCUGAGAUUAAAAAUGUGCAUGCUCCCUGUGCAAAGAUGCAGAUACACUAAAGCUCGGCAGAUCUGGCGACAGUCUGCAAGGUAAAGAUACUUCUUUUUUAUAUUUAUUUUAUAUUCAGAAAGGAAGUAAAAAUAAUGAGGGUAGUAAUGGCCAAUAGCUGUAUGUAAAUAGAUUACAGCAUCAUUACAGACCAAUUCGGUGGACCUGCUGGUCUGUCCACAGGGCAAGGUUUUUUUCAUGUUUCUGUUUUUUUCUAUGACUUGAUGACUGUUUCUAAAGAAAGAAAUGUUAAAUAAGAUAACAGACCACAGGCACACAUCAGUCUCUCUAGUUUAUGAGAUUAAAGUUUCCUGGAGAGUGCAAUGUUUUCAUAAAUCAUAUCUCUGGUCAGGGCUAAGAUUUCAAAAAUUCUGGAUCUGUAUACUCCAAAUUGUGAUAAAAUAGAAAUAGGUAUAUAAAAAUAUUAUUUUCUCCCUCAUGAAAACAUAUAAAGGUUUGCUCCGAUUUAUAUGUAGAUGUGUGCUCAUUUUCCAUUCAAUAAUGUUGCAGUUUGCAAUAAAACUCCAAAAGGAUUUAGCAUAUCUUGUAUUCAUCUAGUUAAAAGUAUAUUUUAGAAAAGUAAUUUUAGAUUUUAAUGUGUAAAUAUCGAUCACCUGAAGGAAAACCUUUUCUAAUCACAACUUGAUUUCCACAUGAUGUUGUUCAGCUGUUUAAGACAUUGUUACACAUUCACAUGCAUACAUGACAACCAGCUCAAUGUAUUUAUGUGUGUAGUCACUGUUUGGCCUCUACAAACUGUUAAACUUUCUAAUAAGAAUCUGUGUAGGGAACAUCUUCAAGCAAGAUAUCAAAUAAGACGUCUUGUUGCAGAUAUAUUGAGUGACACAUGACAUUUUAUUUAUUUAUAAACCUAUAUUUUUAGUUUAGUCUUCAAUAAAAGAGAUUAUACGUAAAUCUUAAUUUGGGUCUGAAAAAAAUACUUCUGAGGAUUACAUUUAACUAAUUUAAAUGUAAUAUGUUUAUGAAAAUAUGUAUUGAAGUCAAACUACAUUGUUUUUUAUCUUUGUUUUGUGCCUUAUACUAUGAUGAAUGUGUAUUGUAUAAUUUUCACAAGAAUUCAUAUUAUUUGUGUGUUUUGAGAAACACAAGAGAUACUAUUAGUAAAGCAGAUACCAUAAAUUGUAUUUUCUCUUCUGGUUCUGUUCAUUUCCUCUUCCAGCAUCAUCCAAUUUACAUCUGUUUGUCAAAAUUGAAGGUGCAGCAUUUAUUUCUGUUUAAGAGGAGAGGCAAUACAUGUUGUAUGUUUUUCUGUGCAGACUGAACUACAGCACAUAAAUAUAUUACCUCCCAGUUC